AUGAGCGUCGUCAUCCGCAGGGCCACGCACGCCGACGCCGCCGACGUGGCACGCAUCCACGUCCAGUCAUGGCAGGAGACUUACCACGGCCUCAUGCCGCAGCCUUUCCUCGACGCCCUCGACAUCACCCAGCGAGCUGCGCGCUGGAAGACGCACCUCCAAGACCCGAGCGCCUUCCCGGUGUUCGUGGCCCUCGUCGACGGCGAGCCGUGCGGCAUCGCCGGGGCCGGGGCGCCGCCGCAGCAGGCCGCCCCGUACGACGCGGAGAUCCACCUCCUCUACGUGCUCGGCGCGGCGCAGGGUAAGGGGCUCGGCCGGGCGCUGAUGCGGGCGGCAGCGGCGUCGCUUGCGGCGGGCGGCCUGAAGCGGCCGAUGCUUUGGGUGGCCGCCGCGAACGACGGCUCGCGCGGGUUCUACGCGCACAUGGGGGGCAAGGAGUUUGCGCGCAAGACCGAGGCGGUGGCCGGGUCCGCCCUAGAGCAGGUCGGAUACGGAUGGGAGGACAUGUCCGCUAUUUGCCCCGUGACGAGACCUUCUUUUCCCGGCGGAGAGGGUAACUAG